CCGGCAAUGGUUCCGUCCGCAGCCUCUGAUUGGUCAAACCGGAGAAGGCGUGGUCUCCUCAGUCGGGUUCCGCGCGCCAGAGCGCGCUAGCCGCAUUGCGAGCUGGGCACGGAGCAGGCGCCAUGGUUCUGCUGCACGUGCUGUUCGAGCAUGCGGUCGGCUACGCGCUGUUGGCGCUGAAGGAAGUGGAGGAGAUCAGCCUGCUGCUGCCGCAGGUGGAGGAAUGCGUGCUUAACCUUGGCAAAUUCCACAAUGUCGUUCGUCUGGUGGCCUUUUGUCCCUUCUCUUCAUCCCAGGUUGCCUUGGAAAAUGCCAAUGCUGUGUCUGAAGGUGUUGUUCACGAGGACCUCCGCCUGCUCCUGGAGACAUACCUACCAUCUAAAAAGAAGAAAGUACUUCUGGGGGUUGGAGACCCCAAGAUUGGUGCUGCAAUACAGGAAGAGUUGGGGUACAACUGCCAGACUGGUGGUGUGAUAGCUGAGAUCCUUCGAGGAGUUCGUCUGCAUUUCCAUAAUCUGGUAAAGGGUCUGACAGAUCUUUCUGCUUGUAAGGCCCAGCUAGGGCUGGGACACAGCUACUCUCGUGCCAAAGUUAAAUUUAAUGUGAACCGAGUGGACAACAUGAUCAUUCAGUCCAUAAGCCUCCUGGACCAAUUGGAUAAAGAUAUCAAUACCUUCUCAAUGCGCGUCAGGGAGUGGUAUGGGUACCAUUUUCCAGAGCUGGUGAAGAUCGUCAAUGACAAUGCUACAUACUGUCGCCUGGCUCAGUUCAUUGGGAACCGCAGGGAGCUGAAUGAAGAGAAGUUAGAGAAACUGGAAGAAAUUACGAUGGAUGGGGCCAAGGCUAAAGCCAUCUUGGAUGCUUCUCGGUCCUCCAUGGGCAUGGACAUAUCUGCUAUCGACUUGAUAAACAUCGAGAGCUUCUCCAGUCGUGUGGUGUCUUUGUCAGAGUAUCGCCAGAGCCUACACACUUACCUUCGCUCCAAGAUGAGCCAAGUAGCCCCCAGCCUGUCAGCCUUAAUUGGGGAAGCGGUAGGUGCACGCCUUAUUGCUCAUGCUGGCAGCCUCACCAACCUGGCCAAGUAUCCAGCGUCCACAGUACAGAUCCUUGGGGCUGAAAAGGCCCUGUUCAGAGCCCUGAAGACAAGGGGUAACACACCAAAAUAUGGACUCAUUUUUCAUUCCACCUUCAUUGGCCGAGCAGCUGCUAAGAACAAAGGCCGUAUCUCCCGAUACCUAGCAAACAAAUGCAGUAUUGCCUCAAGAAUUGAUUGCUUCUCUGAGGUCCCCACAAGUGUAUUUGGGGAAAAACUCCGAGAACAAGUUGAGGAACGGCUCUCUUUCUAUGAGACUGGAGAGAUUCCACGGAAGAACCUGGAUGUCAUGAAGGAAGCCGUGGUUGAGGCAGAGGAAGCAGCUGCUGAAAUCACCAGAAAGCUGGAAAAACAGGAGAAGAAGCGCUUGAAGAAGGAAAAGAAGCGACUGGCUGCACUGGCCCUGGCCUCNUCAGAAAACAGUAGUACCCCAGAAGAGUGUGAGGGAGGAGAUAGGUGCUGAGAGAACUUGACAAGAGCCCAGAAUGCUGGUUGUAGCACAUGGCCCAUUCCAUGGGCAAGUGUGCUCUGUCCUCGGCUGCCUCCCAGGAGUCCUCAACGGGGGUAGUGUGAAUUCCUGCUCUCCCUGUUCUGUGUCUGGAGGUGAUAGUGUCUCAUGAUGGGGGGUGGGGGCAGGGAGGUCACCAAUGUGACAGUUUAGAAUUGUCCCUUAGGGUUUUUUAAAUCUUGAGUUGUUAGUGAUACUCAUUCCAGUAUCCCCUGGGAGCUCUGCAUGAUAUCCAUCGUGACCAGCAUACAGGGGGUUUACAGAGGGCCAGGGAAAUUCUAAAAUGUGAGAGUAGAUCAUUAAGUCACCAAAAGUACUAGAUUUGCUCUACUACCUGGAUUCUAAUGGGAGCAGUGGUUGCUAACAAUUGUAAGCAAUGUCCCAUGUCUG